AUUUAGUAAGAGGCUUGGGCUGCGUUCGUCUUUUGACAGGUAGCCGUAAACGGAAGCGGAAAUUUCCGCUAGGAUCUAGAAAAGCCUAUCGUCGUCUCUUCAGUUCAUUCUCACAUAAGAUCUAUAGGUCAUAAAGGUACCAUAGGGAGAAGCUCAUGGACUGAAGUGCCUGUCAGCAAUUUGAGAAACUCGGUCAACAGCCAUUCCUACAUCCUUUAUUUAGCAGGUCUAGGACAAAACCGCCAUCAUGACUCACUCAAUGCUGCGGCGGCAACUGAAAAAUCUGGUCCAGAAUUUCUCUGAGGCAGAGGUCAAGGUUCGAGAAGCGACUUCUAAUGACCCCUGGGGGCCAUCAAGCUCCCAGAUGGCCGACAUCUCGGAUCUAACCUACAAUGUGGUGGCCUGUAACGAGAUUGUGGGCAUGCUCUGGAAGCGUCUCAAUGAUGACAAGAAUUGGAGGCACGUGUACAAGUCUUUAACUCUUCUUGAAUAUCUUUUGAAAACGGGCUCUGACCGCAUCCCUCAACAGUGUGAGGAGAACAUUCACAUUAUCAAAGCCCUAACAGAAUUUCGCUUCACAGACAAGGAUGGAAAGGACCAGGGAGUGAAUGUGAGAGAAAAGGCUAAGAUAGUGUUAGUGCUGAUUGAGGAUGAGGAAAAGCGGAAAGAGGAGAGAGAUUUUGCUUUGAAGACAAAAGACAAGCUGACAAAGACUCCCAAUGCAUCCUCCGCUACAGGACCAGAAAAAGAAAAGCCAGAGAUCCCGCCAUAUACAGGGCUGCCCUCCCUGGACAACAUCCCAUCUGUGGCCGAUCUGACCGCCGCUAUGGCCAAGAAGAAGGAGGAGCAGAAACGUCUGGAGGCCGAGAGGAAAGAGGCAGAGAGACGGGCAAAGGAGGGUGACACAGAGCCAGAUCUUUGGGAAAAAGCAGCGACAGCAGCACCUCCAUCCAGCUCGGAUCCCUGGGGAGCCCCAUCUGAAGUAUCCAACGAAUCCGCCCCUGCUACCAACGACCCGUGGGGGGCACCGUCUGCUGAGAUGAAGGAGUCCUAUCAAGGUACCAAUGAUCCUUGGGGUGGAUCUGCUGAUGGGACAAACGGAUCCGCACCUGCAUCCAGUGAUCCAUGGGGAGCAUCUGCCAGUACCAAGAACGAUUCUCCACCUGCUUCCAGUGAUCCUUGGGGAGGAUCAUCGAAUGCAGAAAAAAGUUCUCCACCUGCUGCCAGUGACCCAUGGGGCAACUCUGCUGGAUUUUCAGAGGAUAAAGCCCCGUCAGCAAACGAUCCUUGGGGGGCCCCAUCUGAAACGGCGAAAGACUCUGACGCAGCAGUGUCAGAUCCUUGGGGGACACCUGCAGAUAGUGUGCAGGAUUCAGCACCUGCAGCCUCUGACCCCUGGGGGGCACCAUUAGAAGCAUCAUCAGCUACAUCUGAUCCAUUUGGUGAUGGUUCAAAAGCAGAUAAUGACCCUUGGGGCACAGCAGCUUCUUCACCCCCUACUGCAAAUGACCCCUGGGGUGCCCCAUCAGCUCCAACUGGUGACCCUUUCGGUGAUGAAGGCAGAUCAGAUCCGUGGGGUGGUUCCUCUGAGAACGGUGACACUGCUACAAAACCUGCUGAGGAGACCAAAAAGCCGGCGUCGUUCCUUGGAGAAGGUGCUUCAUUGGUGGACUUGGACUCUCUUAUGUCAGUCAAGCCCAAACCUAAACAGCCCCCUCUCAACACCAUCCCCGUCCAAAAAGCCCCCGGAUAUUUGCCAGCCGCAGGCAUGACCUGGCCAUUGGGCGGCAGCGUGUCCAAUGCAAGUGGUUCAACAGCACAGCCUUCAAACCCAAAUUAUUUUGUUUUUAACUCCAUGUCAGCUUGUUCCAGUGGCCUGUCAACCCUAAACACAACAUUCAGUGUGCCUGCCGCCCAUAUGGCAUCUCCAAGCCAGAAUACAAGCCUUUCAGCUUUGACCGUGUCCAACAUGGGAUUUUCCAUGCCUAACACUAGAAUGCUUCAACCCAGCACUGCAGGAACUCUUACUGGUGAGUUAUCUGCUAUGUCCCUCACAGGACCGGCUACCCAACAAGUUCCAGUUCUUCAGCGUCCUCCAUUGCUUUGGGGCACUGGAACUGGGGCGACUGGGAAAGGCAAUAGCAUUUUUUGAGUUCUCCAUUCAGCAUCCAUUGAUCCCUAGCCUUCUCCUUUCCCCAACCACUUCAUCAAUCCUAGCUGAUUAUGUGUGUGUAUAAGUGUGUGCAAAUAUUUAAAUAUUAAUGAGCAACAAUAUACUGUAAGUAUAUAAAACAAUACAUUUUUCUUUUGGGGGGGGGGGCAUGCCUACCCAACCUUUCCAAUAUGAUGGCAUGAGAAAUUGAAGCAGGUGAUGUUUUAGAAUACAUAAAGGUGUCGUUCUUAAACGUUUUAGGAAAGCUGUCAUAUCUACCAUGGCAGAUUUUGGAUAUACACUGCUGUUCAAAAGAUUGGGGUCAGUAAUAUACAUAUUAUACUUUUGUUCAGCAAGGACAGUAAAGUAUUUUACAUUGAUGCAAAAGAUUCCUUCAAAUAAAUAUUUAUAAAAUACUCUUAUUUCAUUUCAAAUGAAUGUUGUAGUUUUCUUGCUGUUCAAAGAAUGAAAUAAAUGCAGCCUUGGUGAGUCCCCAAAAAGAUCUUUGAGCAGUAGUGUAUACUUCUCUGAUAACAUUCCUGGAUAAACGAGUGAAAGAAUUCCUGGAUUCUUUUCUGGAAAAAAAGAGGGAACAAUCAGACGUUUAUUCCCAAACCUACCCGAGUAUCCAAGGAAGCCUCAAAGUAAGAGACGCAGAUGUACUUUUGCAUUUAAUUUGUAUAACUAGCAUUGAAUAUAUUUGUUUUUGUUGUUGUUGUUGUUUUAUUUGCUUUCUAUUGCAUCAGUGUCCAUAAACGUUUCCAUAAGCGUUUUUCUGUAUAACACUGGAAAAUCUAAAUGUGGCUUGUAGUGAUUAAUAUGAUAAGAGAAAAACAUUUUUAAUGCAUUAGUUGGUUAUGUUAUAUGAAGCGGUAUGGGAUGAAUGAACAUUUUGAGUGUCCUAAUACUUGACGACCACAUUACUUUUUACAUAUUUAUUGAUUGAUUGAUUGUGUUUAAAUGUUUGAAUAUGUGUGUGGUUUGGGUCUAUUCUGUGGUAAAUAUCAAAACAAAUCUGCUGAAGGCAGCAAGUGGCGAAUAAUGCACAAUGUUUGCUGUCUGUUGUUUACUGCAGUAAAUUAACAAUUGGUGAAGAGAAGGAUAACUCCUUUGAAUAUUGAUCUAAAGAUGAAAAAAUGGUUUAUUAAGAUCCGUCUCCAUUUAUUUUUUAUUAGUGUAGUUUAUAUUUAUUUAUUUAUUUAUUUAUUUCCGACUUGUUUUGAUCCUGAUAUUUAUGCCAUUCUGUCAGAAUUCUACCGCUGUUCUGUCAAUGAAGAAGGUAUUGGAAGAUAAGUAAAAUCAUCAUAAUUAGAAUUCAGAAAUGGAUGAAGAAAGCAUACUUUUCCAUAUUGACUAUAAUUGUAAGUUCAGUUACAGUUUUAUUUUUUAUUACGAAUAUAUUUAUUUAUUUAAUCAGCUAUGGUAAGCCUGUGGUGUUACCUGUGAAAGUGCACAAUUCAAGAAUAAAGUGACAAGAUC